AUGGGAAAGUAUGAAGACAAGAGCUUCUAGGGUCACUGGUAUGAAUGUGGCAGUGAUCACCUUGAUCCGUGGUCAUAUGCGAAAAAAUACAAUUCCAUCCAGGUAGAAAAAGGCAGCUGAACAAUUUCUGAGAACCCCAAAUUUUUACUGUGCUUGGCACUGCAGAAAUCUGUUUCCUACAGGAUUCAGCUCUUUGAAAGAGAGAAGCUGCAAGGCCAAAAGUUGGAGCUCACUGAUGAUUGCCUAUCAGUCCCAGGCUACAUCCAUCUCCCUAAGAUUGCUCUCAAUAUUUUAGGUGGUUCUUGGGUCUUGUAUGAAAUACCCACCCUCAGGAGCCAAUAGUGUUUACUGAAGCCCAGGGAAUACAGAAGAUUGCUUGACCAGGGUGUAGUAAACACCAAAAUUGUCUCUUUGCAGAGGCUGGCUGACUUGCACUGAGUUUUUGCUCCCACAAUAAACAAAUAGUGAAUGCAUUUCAAAAUCCUUGUUCAAAUGAAUCUUCCUUCAGUACUACAAACAAAUUAAAACUGUGCAGUCCAGAGGGAAAUCCAAUUUCUCUCACACUUUAGGGGGAGAUGGGAUAUACUUUAAAAAAAUAUUCACAUUUAUCCAGCUGUUGCAAAGUUACAUGAUAAUUUAAAUAACUGUUAAAGGUCCAGCUGCAUAUUUCUAGCCCUGGUAAGUGUAGGAGGAGGUCUGAUUCUUUCAUCAAAGUUUUCUCCAGUUUUACAGGUUUUGAUCUAGGAAUAGAUUACAGUUCUGCACUUACCAGGUUAACAAUAUGCAGUUGGACCUUUAACAUUUAAAUUAUCAUGUACUGUGGAAUAGGAAAAUAAGUCCCAUUAGUAGUUAUAUCCAGCAAAGUACUGACUGAGGAGGAAAAGGACAGAAAGAUGCAGACAAACUCAGAACAAGGUGAAUGCUGCAUUUGGCAUCAAAUUCUUCAUGGAAACAAGCUGCUCCAUGCUACCACUGUUCCAGCAAAACUUUCCAGUCUUAUCCCAGUUGAUUCCUCCAGAAAUACUUUUUCCAGAUC